AUGUCUUCCACUAUGCACGUUAUUGCCCUGAUAGACCAAAAAUCCAAACAAAAUGGUAUAGAUUAUGGGAUAGGUAGAUAUAGAUGCGAGGAGAACCAAUUUGGAAUAUUUAGAUUUAAAAUUUUUCCUAAUGUAAAGUCAACAAAAUAUUAUCAGCCUUUCUCUGAGGGUGAUGUAGUUAAUCUGGUGGGAAAAUUUUCUUAUGAAGCUGUAGAUAAAGUGGAAGGAUUUACGAUCAAUAUAUCCGUUGCUACACUUUACCCAAAACCUCCUUCUGGGUGUUGGGAGGCAGAUGAGAUUCCCCUCUCCUCCCCAUAUUUGAGCUUUGUAACCCAACCUAUUCCUGGGUCAUUAAGACAAAUCGAGAACUGUCAGUUUGUGCGCACAAGAUCCACAAUCGAAUGUAAUUUUUCGAGAAAGUCUGCUGACACAAGAUUUCGAAUAGGAUAUCAGAUCGAUAACGAUCGAUUUGAUAACAUAUCAACAAGUUGGGAUGCGUACACUCAAUUCUUCGUUUCCGGAUUUUUCCUUCAUGCUGAAAACAACGAAUUACAUAUUGAGGCAACAGAAUUAGAUGUUGACCAAUCAUCAAAACGGUCAAGUAAAAGCCAGAUUCAGACUUCUCCAACGGGUUAUGCGGUGGCUGGUGUCAGCCCGCUGGCGAAGAACUUGUCAAGAUUAUUAGAACAAGAAAAAUCUUCAUCUUCGGUGAUAACACCAAGACUCUCCACGGAACAACAUCCAUUCGUUAAGCCCAACAAUGCGAGGAAUUCAAAUCCCAACACCCCCACAGCCGUAAAGAAUCCAAAUGCGAAUGCACAACAUCAACAGUAUAAUCCUUCGACAAAUCAAGACGACACUUUACAUCAAGAUUUUCUUAAGGGUCUUCAAGCAUACCAACAGCUAAUGCAAAGGUUUCAUAAUAAGAAUGCAUCGGUAACUCAUUCACCAUUACCAUCGAUGCUUCCUCCACUGGGCAAUCAUCAAAUACCGGCUCCAUUUUCAGAGCAACAACCAUCGGCCGAACAGAUUGCGGAGUUAAUUGGUGACCAAGGUAUGCAUCAAGAUAAUGCCGGUGCAUUCAAUCCUAAAAUCCCAUCGAUUAACGUGUGGCAACUCCCGACACAAGAAUUUGCCCAACAACAAAUGGAAAACGAUCGUAACCCAUCCGUUCAAGUUUCAUCUCGGCAAAGAGCUCGCGAGAACCCCCCAUCGAUGCAACAAAUACAACAUAUAUCAAGUGAGCAAGCGGAUGACCAGAAAUCGUUGCCGCCCCAACGCAGUCGGAAGAAAGAUAAGGGGAAAUCACAGAAAUCCUCAUCACAAAACGAUCACGAACAAAGUGUUCAACCUCAACCAGAAGUGACGACACCUCAACAAGAUUCUGAAUCAGGAGAAUCACAAGACCUUCAUUCUAAUAGUAAAAGAACGAGAAGCAGAAAGGGUGCAAGUGAAGAUAAAUUGAAAUCACAUCAAUCUGUGACCAGGGCAACUUUAGGCAGUAGAUUCUUGUUUUAUGAACCAAAACCACAAGAAGAUAAUAGCAAUACAAACGAUGCGAACAAUGCUGGCGGAGGUUCAAACGUGGGGUCUGGCGGUGUGACAGCCACUAUUUCCACUACUCCUUUGAAAAGAGGACGCAGAAACAAAGAUUUAACGACGAGUCAGCGAACUACUAAAAAACCAAGGAAUGCUAAAAAAUCCAAUAAUGAGGAUGAUGAUACAAUAUUGAGAGAAGAUGGAAAUGAAGCAAGUGAUGUAAACACGCCUGCGGUAUCUGCGGAUGCCGGUUCAUUAGAAGGAAAUGAAGGAAAUGAGAAUGCCGGUUGA